AUGGCCUCCUCAAAACAGUACCAGAUCCCCAAACCGCCGCGCGUAAUAUCACCGUCGCCCACGCCCUCCGAGGCCAGCGGUCAAGAUGGAUACUUUGGACCCACUACACGCUCCGCCGCGCGCAAGACAAGACGCGUGAACUCUCCACCGGCGAUCGACGAGGAUUCUUCUGGCUCCGAUCCUGAGAAGAGGGCCCGCGCCAGGAGCAGGAGUCCGAUCCUCGAGGGCAGCAGAAGGCGGAUGAGUGGACUCACAGCGAAGCGGGUGGGCGCGGGAAAGAAAGGAGAGCUUGUGCUUCCAAAUGGGACUUCUAACGGGCAUCUUUCGCCUGCGGCUGCAAACAAGAACUACUGGAGAGAGAUGAGCCGGAGUCCGAGUCCUCUAGGACUGAUACCUAUUCACCAGAAAUGGAGGUCAUUUAUUCAUCGUCAUGAGAUACCCCGCAAAAUCCUACACGUUUCCAUCGGUUUCCUUACAAUAUUCCUCUACUGCACCGGCAGACAAGCCGACCAGAUCCACCCUGUCCUCCUCACCCUCCUCAUCCCCAUCGCCGCGACCGACGUCAUCCGGCAUCGCUACUGGCAGGUCAAUCGAUUCUACAUCCGCUGUCUAGGCGCGUUGAUGCGUGAGUCCGAAGUGGACGGAUGGAACGGCGUCAUUUCCUACCUCCUAGGAGCAUGGAUCGUGCUUCGCUUCUGCCCCAAAGAUGUUGGCGUCAUGAGCGUCCUGCUCCUCAGUUGGUGCGACACGGCUGCCUCGACGUUCGGCCGUCUAUGGGGUCACCGAACCUGGCGAGUCCGCCCAGGAAAGUCCCUAGCAGGCACGAUCGCAGCCUGCGUCACCGGUAUCAUCACCGGCGUCGUGUUCUGGGGCUGGCUCGGUCCUCUGCUCUCCCACUACAACGAGGGCGCGAAUGCCUUUGCCUUCCAGGGCGUUCUCGCGCUUCCUCCUCAGGCCCGCGAGCUCCUCGGACUCUCCGUCGAGCAAUCGUCCAUCAGCGGCCAUGUAGCCUUGGCCGCGAUGUCCGUCUGGGCCGGCAUCGUCGCCAGCGCCAGCGAGGCCGUCGAUCUCUUCGGCUGGGACGACAAUCUGACCAUCCCGGCCCUGUGCGGCGUGGGACUAUGGGGUUUCCUGAAAGUCUUCGGUUAG